AUGAGAAAAUCCAAUAUUGUUCAUGCUGGUCUUGACUAUGUUAAUCUGUUUAGUUCUUUCUUAGAUGAACGAAGAAAAGAUAAUGGAUGCUACUUUUCUUCAAUAAGCCUUGACGGCAAGAGUAAGUCAAGUAGCCAAGAUCUAAGUUUGACGCAGGGAGUGCAAGGAGAAAAGGUCCUUCCUGGGAUUGUUCUUCUGCUCGCUCAACUAUCUCUUUUCAUUGAGCAAAGUGCUAUCCCAAGAAUUACCGAGGAAAUAGCUUCUUCCUUUUCUUCUGGUGGUGCUCGGGGUUACGAGUAUGGCCCUGCUUUCAUCCCUGCAGUGAUUUGUCGCACCUUCCGGAUAGCUGGGGAGAAGUGCUUGGACCAUUAUGUAAGGUUAAGAACUCAAAAGAUAUCAGUUCUGUUGCGGACGAAGUUUACAACACCAAACUGGGUUAAGCACAAGGAGCCAAGAGAGGUUCAUAUGUUCGUUGAUCUGCUGCUUCAAGAGUUCGAAGCAAUAAGAGGCGAAGUAAAGCAGAUUUUACCUCCAGAACUUAGCCGUAAACAUCGUUGUACAGACAGUAACGGGAGCACCACUUCUUGUCGCAACAAUCCUUUGAGAGACGACAGAAUGAACCGGUCAAAUACCCAAAGGGCCACGAGCCAGCUACUAGAAUCCCAUCUAGCAAAAUUGUUUAAACAAAAAAUGGGGAUAUUUACGAAAAUUGAAUUCACACAGGUUUGGUAGGAGUGCUUGUUGCUAGGUAAUUUACAUUAUUCCCACUGGUAAUAUAGCUAUUUUUUAGUUCUUUGUAAUGAUGAUGAUCCUUAAAGGACAUCAAGGACAUCAAUAAAUCAAAUUUUCUGA